AUGCAACCUCCUGCCGACUAUUCUUACCAACAAGCAAUGCCGACACGUCGGUAUCAAAUCCGCGAGAAAAUCUUUUCCUUAGGUGAUAAUUUUAAAAUAAAAGAUGAAUCAGGCCAAGAUGUGUAUACAGUUCGAUCAAAACUGUUCUCAUUCGGCGAUAAACUCAUUCUUGAAGAUAUGGCUGGAAAUGGUUUGGUAAAAAUUCGUCAGGAAUUGAUGCAUCUUCAUCCGACAUUCAAUCUUCUCUCUGCUCGCAGUGGUGAUUCGGAUCGACAGUUAGCUGUUGUAAAGAAGAAAUUCACUUUUUUACGUCAAAAAUUCACAAUUGAUUCUGUCUAUGGAGAAUAUUCUCUCGAAGGUUUAGACAUAUUCGCUCAUUCGUUUACAUUGAUGAAAAACGGACAAACAGUAGCGAUUGUAAACAAGAAAUUCUUCUCAUUAUCCGAUACAUAUGGAGUUGAAAUUGCAGGUAAUGAAGAUCAUGCUUUUGUUUUAUCAUUAAUUAUUAUCCUCGAUCAAAUUAUUUAUGACAAACAUAAUAACUAA